AUGCCGGAAGGUGAUGUAUCAAUGGCGGAGGAGAGUAAUAAUGGAUCGGGACUUGAUUACAUAAUGAGUUUAGAAGAUGUGCCAUCAAAGCUCCCUCCACACCUCGAACUUUUCAAAACACGUGUCCUUUGCAACAACGAUGCUCCUGUGCAUACAGAGACUAUACAAUAUUCUGGUGCUUAUGCGACUUUGGGAGUUGAUAAUAGUGUGCGGUUAGAUAAUUUCUGUGAAAACUUCAAAGUUGAAGUGAAGCGGCUUACUGAUAGUGACAUGGAGUUUGAUUUAAUUGGUAUUGAUCCAGCAAUUGCCAAUGCAUUUCGAAGAAUUCUUAUAUCAGAGGUGCCAACAAUGGCUAUUGAAAGAGUAUAUAUUGCAAACAAUACAUCAGUUGUACAAGAUGAAGUUCUUUCCCAUAGAUUGGGUCUCGUUCCAAUUCGUGCUGAUCCCAGGCUUUUUGAAUAUCCAGAAAAUGCGGGAGAUGACAAGAAUGAAAAAAACACAAUUGUCUUCAAGCUACAUGCUCGUUGUAGAGUGGGUCAACCUCGUAUCACUGUGAAAUCGGAUAAACUGAAGUGGCUACCUAAUGGAAGUGAGCUUCCCUGUGAAGAUGUAAGAUCAAAUGCAGGUUCAAAACCAAAAACGUUUACUUCUUUUACUUGCAGCCAGGAUUCGCUUCCAGAAUUUUCCGGCAAUUCAAUUAGUGUUACGUAUCCAGAUAUCAUAUUAGCUAAACUUGGACCUGGUCAGGAAAUUGAACUUGAAGCACAUGCAGUUAAAGGCAUUGGUAGGACACAUGCAAAAUGGUCCCCGGUUGCCACUGCUUGGUAUCGGAUGCUUCCGGAGGUUGUUCUCUUGGAAGAUGUUGUGGAUGAGGUUGCUGACGAAUUAAAAAAUAAGUGUCCAGCUAAUGUGUUUGAUAUUGAAGAUUUUGGAAAAGGUAAUAGGAGGGCAACAGUAGCCAGACCACGGGAUUGCACUUUGUGUAGGGAAUGCAUCAGAGGGGGCAAAGAAUGGGAAGAUCGUGUAUCAUUACGUCGCGUUAAGCAUCAUUGCAUUUUUACUAUUGAAUCAACAGGAGCAUUACCCCCUGAAGUGUUAUUUACUGAAGCUGUAAAGAUUUUGGAAGAUAAAUGUGAACGUGUGAUUACUGAGCUUUCUUGA